CGCCGCGCCGGAGCAGAGAAAGGGUGCGCAGCCCGGAGGAGGGUGCGCUGGUGGGGUGCAGCGGAAGAGGGGGUCCAGGGGGGAGAACUUCGUAGCAGUCAUCCUUUUUAGGAAAAAGGGGGGGGGAAUAAGCCCUCCCCCACCCACCUCCUUCUCCCCCGGCGCACCACACACCGUGCGCGGGCUUCUCGCGCUCGGCACCGGCCGCCCGGGUGCGUCCUGCCUUCAUUUAUCAAGCUGUUCUUUUUUUUUUUUUUUUUUUUUUCCUGCGGAAAAUGCAUUGGUCGUUCGGAGUUUAAUCAGAAGAGGAUUCCCUUCCCGGUCCUCCGGCUCUUCCACCGUCCCCCUCGCGUGUCUCUUUCCUUUGGAGGGUUGAAGCGGUCCGGUGGGCACCUAUCCAUGCCUGCACCCGGGCGUGUGUAAAUUGCAGAGAGGGAGGAAAUCACCGGACUUAUACGAACGCUGGACUGAAAAUUGUAAUUCAUCUGCCGCCGCCGCUGCCUACCCCCGCCCCCCUCUCGUGCUCUUGAGAUCUCUGGUUGGGAUUCCUGCGGAUUCACAUUUUCAGUGAAGCAGAAGUCUGGGGAAGCAGUCUGGAAACCCUUCUGAUUUUUACCCCACCCAACCCUCACCCUCCUCCUGAUUCAUUGGAAGUUUCAAAGCUGCUAUAAACGGAGACUUCUGAAGAUUGAUGGGAUCGUUGCCUUAUGCAUUUGUUUGGGUUUUACCAAAAAAGAAAAAAAAGGAAACUUGACAGAAGAUCAUGCAGUCCUUAAAAAAUACAGUAAGUUCUUUGCACAGGAAAUUGGUUUAAUGUAACUUUCAGUGGACGCAGUUGAGAUUUUUGACUUUAAGUGCAUUGGAGCAAAUUUAAUUUCCAGGCAGUCUAAGGUAUUCUUUUUAGCCGUAUAACUUGUAGUGGUAAUGAACGUCCUUCGCGUCGGUGUAUUAAGGAGGAUGCACCUGAUUUUAACUUACUAGAGCCGCCCCCUCCACUCCCCCACCUUUCAGCAUCACGGAGGAAGUGGAUUGAUAUUAACAAGGCUUAAUAAAUAAUGUGCCUCAUGAAAUAAAGAUCCGAAAGGAAUUUGAAUAAAAAUUUCCUGCAUCUCUUGCCAAGGGGGAAACACCAGAAUUAAGUGUUCCGCGUGACUGAAGACACCCCCUCAUUCAAGAAUGCAAAGCACAUCCAAUAAAAUAGCUGGAUUAUAACUAUUCUUUUUAUUUUUUUUUUCUUUCGGGACCGUGGGGCGGGAGCGGGAAACAAGAGGUGCUUUUGGUACCCGCCGCUUUUUCUCCGGGGAAGGAUGGCGCACGCCGGCAGAACAGGGUAUGAUAACCGGGAGAUUGUGAUGAAGUACAUCCACUAUAAGCUGUCACAGAGGGGCUACGAAUGGGAUGCUGGAGAUGCGGACGCCGCGCCCCUGGGGGCCACCCCCGCCCCGGGCAUCUUUUCUUCCUUGCCUGGGAGCAACCCAACCGCCGCUGUGCACCAGGACCCAGCCGCCAGGACCUCGCCGCCGCGCCUCCCGGCUGCAAUGGCUGGGCAGGCGCUCAGCCCGGUGCCACCUGUGGUCCACCUGACCCUCCGCCAGGCUGGGGAUGACUUCUCCCGUCGUUACCGCCGCGACUUCGCAGAGAUGUCCAGCCAGCUGCACCUGACGCCCUUCACCGCGAGGGGACGCUUCGUCACGGUGGUGGAGGAGCUCUUCAGGGAUGGGGUGAACUGGGGGAGGAUUGUGGCCUUCUUUGAGUUCGGUGGGGUCAUGUGUGUGGAGAGCGUCAACAGGGAGAUGUCACCGCUGGUGGACAACAUCGCCCUCUGGAUGACCGACUACCUGAACCGGCACCUGCACACCUGGAUCCAGGAUAACGGAGGCUGGGAUGCCUUUGUGGAACUGUAUGGACCCAGUGUGCGGCCCCUGUUUGACUUCUCUUGGCUGUCUCUGAAGACCCUGCUCAGUCUGGCCCUGGUAGGGGCCUGCAUCACCCUGGGUGCCUAUUUGGGCCACAAGUGAGGUCCACAGGCCUGCCCCAAACAAAUAUGCAAAAGGUUCACUAAAGCAGUAGAAGUAAUAUGCAUUGUCAGUGAUGUACAGGAAACAAAGUUGUGGUGUCUUUAAAAGAGAGCAAAAAACACAGAGGGACAAACACACACACACACACACACACACACACACACACACACUCUGCUUUCAGGCAAAAGGUCGAAUCAGCUAUUUACUGCCAAAGGGAAAUAUCAUUUAUUUUUUACAUUAUUAGGAAAAAAAGAUUUAUUUAUUUAAGACAGUUCCAUUAAAACGUCUGUCUUUGGAAACCCUACCACAAAUUGCCAAGCACCACUUUGUGAGGCUCCACCUGCUGGCUGUGCCUAUGGAAUGGGCUCUGUUUUCCAUGUUCACCAGGAUGGCCCACCGUCUGAAGAGCAAAGGGACCAGGACCCUGACUGCUGGGGAAAGCUGGUAGUCUGGCUGCUUGAAACUGGGGACAAGGUUUUCAUAUGACUUUCAUUCGAUGGCCCUGGGGGCUGGGAUAUUGCAGUGGGAGGGUUCUUUCAGGGAAGUCCAGUCUUCCUUGGCCUGGAGAGAGGACAUGUUUUCUAUGACUCACAUGGUACAUACCCAGUUAGAGGACAAAAACUGGGCACUUCAGACGGUUGUGUACUGGCUGAAGGACAGUGAUGGGAAAAUGCCCUUAAACCACAGGAAAGUAUUUUUUUAAGCUACCAAUUGUGCCGAGAAGCAUUUUAGCAGUUUAUACAAUAUCAUCCAGUACCUUAAGCCCUGAUUGUAUAUAUUCAUAUAUUUUGGAUACACCCAGCCCUCCUCCAAUACUUGCUCUGUCUGAGUAAGAAACAGAAUCCUCUUGAUUUGAAGAAGUGGACGUUUGGUGACUUCAUCAGCAUCAGGAAGAAUGGGGUCACCCAGAGAAUCAGGCGGCCACAAGUGCCUGCUUUUAGGAGACCAAUGCCUGCAGAACCUACCCAGCUGUAGCCCAGCUCUGAGGCCUAGGCCUGGCUCUGAGCCAGGACCCUCACUGGCCUCCUCGUAGGGUUUGGAACAGUGGUUGGUCCCCAAAUGACUUGUAGCUGACAAAACUCAGAAAUCCAUGGCAAGAAGAGCAAUAGUGAGACACACUGGGUUGGGGCCUAUUCCCAUGAGGCCUGCCAGGAAAGCCUGCUUCGUCUGUGGCUUGGAACCAGGACUCUUCCUGAGACAUCACUGCUGAGGAGAGAAAGCAGGUGCUCUGCCUGCCCAGAGGGGUGGUUAGAGCUGAGAUGCCUCCACCCCAGAAAAGCUGUCCCCACUUUUGGCAGAUGCACACAUGUGCGUUAGUGGCCUGUCCUGUUUAAAGCAAGGCUUUAAAUGACUUUGUGGAGGGUCAUAAAUCCUAACGGAAGCGCUGAAAUGAGGUGUCAUGGAUUUGAUGAUCUAUGUCUAUGGAAUUCCAUGUAAAACAUUAUCUUGUCAUUGUAGUUUGGUAUUAUUUGAAAACCUGAUAGAGGGAGGGGGAAAAAGGUUCCAGGUAUGUAUGGAAUGUGGAGAUUAUCUGUGCAUCCUGGGACACCAAAAAAAAAAAAAUCGAUGGUGGAAAACUAUAAAGGAGUAGCAAAAGAAGUGAAAUCUCUGGCUAAUGAAAGGAAAAAAAAAAAUGUGUUUUUUUUUUUCAAGUUUAGAAUCAGCCUGGAGGCAUUUGUGGGGUAACUUUGUGGCAUUAUCACAUUAUAUACCAUACCAUUUAUCUGUAUUAACUUUGGAAUGUACUUUGUUUAAUGUUUAUUGCUGUGGUUGAUAUUUCGAAAGCUGCUUUCAAAAAGAAUACAUGCAUCUCAGCAUUGUUUUAAUUGUAUUUAGUUAUGGCUUCUAGAAUAUUUGUUAGAAAAAAAAGAUAAUUUUUCCAUUUGAGAUUUUUGUCUCUUGAUCUUUCAAAAGCAUUUUUGAAAAGGCAGAAUAAGCCUGAAAGAGGUGGGGGACCUAAGCAAGUCUGGGUUUUGCUGCCCCUCAGCUGCUUUGAUUUAACCGAGUUCUCUGCAUGUGUAGCUCCACGGGAUUGUUUACUGUGAUGGAUAUAGCUGUUGCUCAUUUGACCUUGUUUCUUCAAGGUUUCCUUGUCCCUGGGCAAUUAAGCAUUUAACUCAUGUUACCUAGGAUUGCAUGCAUGUUUGGUUAAACCCAUGAGGUUCAUUCAGUUGGAAAUCUGGAUGGGAAACAGAGCAAAGGGUUAGGAUGUUGUCUUCAGAGAGUUGCUUUGUAUGGCCUGUUCCAACAUGGAUGCAUCGGAGCCCUCCCACCCUCUUCCCCUGGGCCCAUCUCUGUGACUCUCCUUCAGGGCCUUCCUAAAAUGUAGAAGCAGCUCCCAUCACUGAGGGUGCAGGGAGCCUGCCGAGGAGAGCCAGACCUCCCCAGCAGGCCUCAGGGAACAGGAUGAUCAGACCUUUUUGAAUGAUUCUAAUUUUUAAGCAAAAUAUUAUCUUAUGAAAGGUUUACAUUCUCUAAGUGAUGAAUACGAACUAUCCAACCCUGUGCUGCUAUCCUGCCAAGAUCAUUCUAAUGGAGUCGGUUUGCAGUACACGCCACGUGGCGAGCUCCUCCAAGCUGCUUUAGAAGUAACAAUGAAGAACACGGACAUUUUUAAUAUAAACCCGUUUGUCUUUUGUUUUUGUUGUUAUUGUUUAAACUGGGAUUUGCAGAGUAUUUGAAAAAUGUAUAUAUAUUAAAAAAAAGUCAUAGGUCCUAAGUUCUGGCUGGUUUUCUUCAGUUGUAGGAUUUUGCUUUCUGAUUUUAAUGGUGAACUUGCCCAGCCACUGGACCCCAGAACUGUACAGCAUUGUGGCUACACUUGCUCUAAGAGUAGUUGAUGUUGCAUUUUUCUUGUUAAAAACAUGUUAGAAGCAACGAAUGUAUAUAAAAGCCUCAACUAGUCUUUUUUUUUCCCCUGUCUCAUUUUUUUAUAGUCUCAAUUAUUUUGCAGUUAGGCAACAGAGAGCCAUCCCAGUGCAUUUCAUAUUGAGAAGGGUUUCACACCUGAACCCCAAAUCCUCUUUAAAGCUUUGGAAUCUUCUCUACAUCAGACAAAGUCAGGCAAAAAUAGAGCAUACACACUCCCAAAAUUGGGGUCAAAGACUCUAAGAAGGGUUCACGAGAAGUACAUGCUAAAACCUUACCAUGUUUCCAAAGCCUCACUGACCAGGCACUCUGAGAGAUGGAAGCAACCAACAAGUUCAGAGGAUUUUUGCAGGUGUUGAAGAUGUGUGUAGGCUUGAGAUUCUCAGUAUAGUACUUAAGGAAGUAUUUUCAUAUAGUCCAAGUAGAAGCCUCCAUCCUCUACCUGAUUCAUUUGUCUCCACAUGUCUGGGGGGAGGCCUUCCUUCAUACACACCUUUUUCACCAGUAAAUAUUUCUUAUGUCUAAAAGCCUAUCUGUGGCUAGAGGGCAGGGAUUGGGAAGUGCUUAUAAACCCAGAGGAGUUAUAAUAAUCAGGAUCAAAAGUAAAUAAUUAGGGCAAUCCCAAUACAUGUCUAGCUUUCACAUUGAUGAUCUAUCCAAUGGUCAAAACUGCAAAUAGUCUAUAUUUGUAAUUAAAUUUAUACUAAAAUAAUACAUGAAUGUGCACUUCAACUCUAAUUCCAAUUGUACUUUAAAAAGCAAUGGGCAUCUUUAUACUUUAUCACUUAUAGGUAGAAAUGUAUACCUACUCUAUCAGAGAAAGAAAAAAAAAACAGGAAAGGAUUGGAAUAUAAACCAGUCUAAGGAAAAUAGGGAGUCCAUUGAAAUUCUAUUCUGAUCUUACUCUAAGGUGUCUAUGCAAAUGUGGUUACACACUUUUUAAGAAAUACAAUUCUACAUUGUCAGGUUCAUGAAAGUUCUAAUCAGAUCUGUGUUGUUACUCAGUUUGGAUCUUUCAGGAAUUUUUCUAUGUCAUUAUUAUUAUAGGACAAAGGACAUUUGUUAUGAGGGUGUGAGGAAUGAAGACUUUUUAAAGGAGUAAAACAGUCCCCAAAUUAGACUAGGGUGUGAAGGUUUCCAGAAACAUCAGAACUGUAGGGUCAGUGUGAUGUUCCCAUGGAGGCUAUUUUUGCAAAAAAUGAGGAUCAUUUUUAAGUUCUGUUGUCCAUUUCGAUUCAAGAGCACUGGCACCAUUUAAAAUCUAGCUUAGCACAAGCCAUGCAGUAGCAUAUGUUUCAAGUUGGAUGUGUCUAAUGAGUGUUUAAACAAUAAAUUUGCCAUUUUAAGCAGUAGGCUUUUUAAUGACAACCUUCAAGUUAGUAGGGACAUCUGUUUCUCAAUGUGUAUUAUACACAAUACACAAACUUUUAAAAUAAAUAUUGAAUCAAAUAAAACAAUGUGAGACUGGAUUGGGUAAAUGAUCAUGCCAGUCCCUUAGCCUUACCCAAUGAAUCAUUCUAUUCCCUAUCUUUAGACAGCCAUGAAAUAUGCAUCUCACAGGAUACAAAGAAAAACAGAUGGAGGACAAAUGGUACCUUUGCAGUUCGUCAUAGAAAAACAACCUGAAGUCAGUGUCCUGUGUUUGUUCUGUGUACCAAGUUCAGAACAGAAGACAAAAACAUUCAUGGAAGAUGGAAAGGCUAGCUUAUCAGAAAUCCCAAGAAUGUUGACUAAUAAUGCAGCAAUACUUGUACCUUCCCAUUCAGGAAAUCUGCAGAGGGCCCUCCAGCUGGCUCAUUCAUUAAACUUUUCCCUCAAAGGCAGCAGCAUCUGAAGAGUUGGUGGGAUUCAGUUUCUUUUGGAGAAGCUUUCUUUGGGGAGAUUUCUUAAAAUAUCUUCUUAAGUUUUCAACCAAGUUUUGCUUUGGUUUUCAGUUAUUGGGGUUAUUUUUGUUUUAAGUAAAGUGUACAAAUAAGUGUUUUUGUAUUGAAAGCUUUGUUAUCAAGAUUUUCAUACUUUUACCUUACAUGGGCUGCUUUUAAUAUCGAUACCUUUAGGGGUGGCUGAUACCUACAACACUGUACAUACAAGAAAAUAUAUGGUAAGUGUACUUUACAUGGUUAAGGUAAAGUAAGUCUCUGGUUGGCUACCGUUAAAUAUAAUGGCACUUUGUUUAUGUUGUUGGAAAAUGUCACAUUGCCAUUAAACUCCCUUGUCUGUCCAUUUAAUUUUGUGAAGAAAAAUAAAGUACAGUGUGAGAUAUUG